AUGCAGUUUGUUAGGCAUUUAGAAAUUCAUCAAGAGGAGGAGACUCAUUCAGAAGCCCCCGCUCAGCAUCCAGAAGCCCCCGCUCAGCAUCCAGAGGCCCCCGCUCAGCAUCCAGAGGCCCCCGCUCAGCAUCCAGAGGCCCCCGCUCAGCAUCCAGAGGCCCCCACACAGCAUGCAGCACAAAAGAGAGUCACAUGUCCUCAUUGCAAGAUAAAAAUAAACCAAAAAAACUUCAAAACACACUGCAAGAGAAAACAUUCCCCCCAAUUUGAGAAGCAAAAAAGAAAACGGGAUCUGGAAGUGGUCCCUCCAAAAAGUAUUCGGCUUUCAGAAUCUGUCUCUGAAGCAUCAGCAAAGGCUGAGAGCUUGCCGGAAGUGGGAACUGGGAACGGAGAGGAUUCCCUGCUUAUGGACACCUUAACGGCAGCACGGUGGUGUGGCACAAGAUCCUUCAAGGGAAAACUUUACCUUCCCCAGGUCAUCACCAUGAACAAGGAAGAUUCCUUGAGGGCAGUGGAAAUGCUGCGCAUGUGUGAUGGCCUGGAUGAAGAGUAUAAAGAAGACCUCAGUGAACCGUUCAUGUUCAUGUUUAGUUUGCAGGCAGACUAUGAGGAGUUCUGCAAGGAAAUGAUAGACAAAAGGCAGCUGCAGGUGGGGUUAUCUCCUGACGCUCAGGAGCAGAUGCGAAUGAUGCUCUGUCAGAAAGAAUCCAACUACAUCCGACUGAAACGCGCCAAGAUGGAGAAGUCCAUGUUCAAGAGGAUCAAGACCCUCGGCAUCGGCGCCUUCGGGGAGGUCUGCCUGGCCCGAAAGGAGGACACCUGUGCUCUGUACGCCAUGAAGACCCUGAGGAAGAAGGACGUGCUGCUCCGGAACCAGGUGGCCCACGUCAAAGCCGAGAGAGACAUCCUGGCAGAGGCCGACAACGAGUGGGUGGUCCGGCUUUACUACUCGUUCCAGGACAAGGACAACUUGUACUUUGUCAUGGAGUACAUCCCAGGGGGCGACAUGAUGAGCCUGCUGAUCCGCUUGGGGAUCUUCAAAGAGGAGCUGGCCCAGUUUUAUAUCGCCGAGCUGACCUGCGCCGUGGAGAGCGUGCACAAGAUGGGCUUCAUUCACAGAGACAUUAAACCGGACAAUAUUCUGAUCGACAGAGACGGCCACAUCAAGCUCACGGACUUCGGGCUUUGCACUGGUUUCCGCUGGACGCACGACUCCAAAUACUAUCAGAGUGGUGACCAUGUGCGGCAGGACAGCAUGGACUUCAGUAAAGAGUGGGAGGACCCUUCCAACUGUCGCUGCACUGAUCGGUUAAAACCUCUGGAGCGGAGGAAAGCUCGGCAGCAUCAGAGGUGUCUGGCUCACUCUUUAGUCGGGACGCCCAACUACAUCGCUCCAGAGGUUCUGCUGCGGACUGGAUACACGCAGCUGUGUGAUUGGUGGAGUGUGGGUGUGAUCCUGUACGAGAUGGUGGUGGGACAGCCUCCCUUCUUGGCCACGACACCGAUGGAAACGCAGCUCAAGGUCAUCAACUGGAAGAGCACGCUGCACGUUCCUCCCGCCGCCAAACUGAGUCCCGAAGCCUCAGACCUCAUCAUCAAACUCUGCCGCGGCCACGAGGACCGUCUGGGCAAGAACAGCACGGACGAAAUCAAGAACCACUCCUUCUUCAAACACAUCGACUUCUCCAGCGACCUCCGGCAGCAGGGGGCGCCCUACGUCCCCACCAUCGCCCACUCCACCGACACGUCCAACUUCGACCCCGUGGAUCCGGACAAACUGUGGAACAACGACAGCGGCGACAAGGACGACCUCAACGACACGCUGAGCUGCUGGUUCAGGAACGGGAAGCAUCCGGAACACGCCUUUUACGAAUUCACCUUUCGGAGGUUUUUCGACGACAACGGCCACCCCUACAGCUGCCCCAAGCCCAUUCAGUACGAGGAGGACGAGGCUGAGGCAGAAGGGGGCGCUCAAGAGGCGAGGAGUGACCUGGCAGCUCAGGGCCGGGAGCUGGUCUAUGUGUAG